CGCUAAACUUCUCGUUAGAAUCAGCAGAGCGUGACAAUCGAUUAUCACCUAUGUGAUAAUCGACUAUCAGGCCCUGCAGAUUCUCAAGAAAUCUCCUUUCAGAAAGGAGAUGAGUCAGGCUCCCGAACACGGACAAGCUGGUCCAAUGGGGGAGCAGGAGCACGUGAGCGUGCAUACCGAGGCGUCUAGCUUCACCCCGCAACAGGAGGUACCAGAGCCGCAAGUUCUGCAACCGAGUGCUGUGCCACAGGCUAUUCCUUUCCUUCAGCCACAGCUGGUGGCCAACAUGCUCCAGUUCCUCCAGCAGAUGGCUGGGGCGUACGUACCACCGCCGCAAUCGCCGCCUCCAGUGGUUAUGGUUACUACCGAGAAGUUGAAGAAGAACGAGGCCGAGGAGUUCCGUGGCGACCAGAUCGCCGAUCCCAUAGUUGCUAAGCGCUGGCUCGAGCGCACAGGUCGAGUUCUCGGAACCCUACGGGUUCCAAUGGAGCAGAGAGGCGACUUAGCCAUCGCCUUACUUCAGGAUGCCACCUACGACUGGUGGUAGCGCGUGGGAGCGAACGUCCCGGAGCUGGUGCCGUGGGCAACCUUUGAUGAGCUCUUCCGUGAGGAGUACGUGCCUGAGCACUUCAUGG